UUCUUCUCAAAACUGUAAAUUUUUAAGUGUCAUCUUAAAACUUUCAUCUUCUUGGUUUUAGAUUAUUUUUGCAUUGCAGGCAAAUUGUACAGUCUUAAAUUUUCUCUUGUUUUCCUUUUUAGUAUGGAAACCUCCUUUGUUGAUAUUUUUGGUACUGAAUUGCGAUUGUUUUACCUGUUAAUUACUGUUACUGAAGAUUUAAACUCACGUUAAUUAGCACUGGCAGAGCAGUCUUUUGAAAUGAAGUCUCCUGGCAUCCUCCCUGCCCCAGGGAAAGACUUGACCUAUGCGCACCAUUAAAGGGUGAAGGAACUUCAUCGUUGGCCUUUUUCUGAGAUGGCUCAAGGUUCAGUAGUCCUUGCUUCUGAUUAUCUGUUUUGGAUGCGGAAGCUUUCUGAAUGGGGCCAGGCCUCCACUUUGGAAACCCAGCAAGAUACCUGUCUGCACCUGCCUCAGUUCCAGGAGUUCCUGAGGCAGAUGUAUGAAGCCUUGAAAGAGAUGGAUUCUAAUACAAUCAUUGAAAGAUUUCCCACAAUUGGUCAACUGUUGGCCAAAACUUGCUGGAAUCCUUUUAUCUUAGCAUAUGAUGAAAGCCAAACAAUUCUAAUAUGGUGCUUAUGUUGUUUGAUUAACAAAGAACCGCAGAAUGCAAGAGAAUCAAAACUUAACUCCUGGACACAGGAUUUGUUAUCUUACAUACUUUCAGCAUUCAGAUUUGAUAUAAAAGAAGUUGGUCUUUUCGCCCAAGGUCUUGGGUAUGCUCCUGUAGAUUACUGUCCUGGUUUGCUUAAAAAUAUGGUUUUAUCAUUAGUGUCUGAACUCAGAGAGAAUCAUCUUAAUGGAUUUAACACUCAAAGGCGGAAGAAGAUUUCUCUCCCCAUAUCGGCUGUAGUCUGCCUCUGGCUUCGGCACCUUCCCAGCCUUGAAAAAGCAGUGCUACAUCUUUUUGAAAAGCUAGUCUCCAGUGAGAGAAAUUGUCUGAGAAGAAUCGAACACUUUGUAAAAGAUUCAUCGCUGGGCAUGUUUUACUUUUUCUUUAAGUCAUCUUCCUUUCGAAAAAUUCGUCCCAUUGACUUCUCUGCAACUUUUCAUUCGUUACAUGUGCUGUGGUCUGAACUGUUCAGGUACGCGCUCCUGGAAACCGAUGGAGCCCCAGAAGUGCUAGCCACCGUUCAGGUGUUCACACGAUGCUUUGUAGAAGCUCUGGAAAAAGAAAACAAGCAGCCGAAGUUUGCACUGAAGACCUACUUUCCCUACGCUUCCCCGUCUCUUGUCACGGUGCUAUCGCGACACCCUAAAGGCUCUGCUGCUGCUGGUCGGGUCCACCCGGAUGCCCAGAGCAGGCUGAGACCCGGCUGA